CUCCCUAGCCGCGUCGACGCUUGUUAUCUUACCUCCCGGCUAUGACACCACUCGCCAUCGCACCUUCCUGACGUCAUGUCGAUCCCUUCUAUACUUGUCGUCCGCUACCACUCGUCGUCUCUCUGUGUGCAGGUGCGCGCGCGCGCGAGAGCGAGAGAGGGAGGGAGGGAGCGAGAGAGCACGGCGAAAAAGAAAAGGGGAAGUUGCAUCAUGUGCGUGGUUAUCUUGUAACGUGGGUGAAAUCAUCUAGGAGCUAACAAGUUAAAAGAAAGAAAGUAUCAAAGUUGGAAGUUGGGGUUGAAGUGGUUGGCGUGUCAUUUUCUUCGACCCUUCGCUGACUUGACCGGGCAGUGGCAUGCCUAUAUAGGCUCUGGGCGCUUGGUAUGGCAUCUCCCCACCUCCUUUCUCCUCGCUCCCUUCCGAAGCCGACCUUCUUCCCAGAAGCCGUGUUUGACUUCUCUUCUAACAGCCGGAGGACAACCCGGCUCCCCCUUCCCAUAAAGCUCCGGACGCCGAGGAUGAUGGCCGCUUGCAUGAGACGGAGAGACCAUGCGCUACGACAUGGACACCCUAGCAUCCGCAAAAAAAAAAAGUAAUAAUGAGUGGAGAGGUUUUCAUCAUGCACAGCGUACGCAGAGAUAGGCACUGCACUUCCACAGUCUCUGUAAUAUCAGUGUCAAUUAGUUUCACUGCUUGCGCUUUUUUUCCUUUUUAUUUGAGUUGUAUGUGCAACUGUAGCUUGUGGUAUUGGCACGUAUUGCUAUCGGAACAAGGUAUAAUACCUGUUCAAUAUUCAGAGAUAUCCAUUUUGGAAGAAUCUCCUCUGUUUGGCUGUUGCUCGUUGGAGCUGCCAGCCCGCCGGCGCCGACCCUAUGCAGCCUGUUUCCCCGCCGGGUUUCCGGCCUCUUCUUCCCGCGGAGGAAGCCCUCCGCCCACGCGGUAAAUUUUCACGGGCUAGUUAACUGGCACCUUUGGAAGUCUGCUAGGUGGGGGAGUCCGGCCCGUCUCAACCUAAUUUUCCACGCGGAAUAGCUCCCGGCCUCCAGGCAUCGGGCGCCCGUCCCCAUCCUUGUCUCACCCAUCCCUCAUCUCGCCCUCCGCUAGAAAGCCGCACGACCUCCUCCAAGAUCUAGGUUCAGGUGCGCCUCUUUUGUUUCCGACCACCGGUCGGCAAUGAAGGAGAUAGCCACGGGCCAGUCUCUGGUGACGCAGCUGAGGGCCAUCGUCCUUCCUGCGCUGCAGGCGUACCAACGCUGCGAGCUUGCUGCCCAGAUGUUCCAGAACAUUCUGGAUUGCUCCAGCAAGGCCAUAACUGAGCUGCAGUUUCACCAUCAGUCUGAUGCUCGAGCUGAUGACGCACUGGUGGAUGACAAGAAGAGGGUGAGGAGGAUUUCUUCUGAUGACUGCAUCAAUGAGGAGGGUGGUACUGCUAACCCCCAUCAUCAGCACAAGAGAAGCAGGAAAUCUGAUGAUUCGGUGUCACUCGAAACGCCUGUUCCACGCUAUGAUGGCCGCCAAUGGAGAAAGUAUGGGCAAAAGCACAUCAACAAAGCGAAACAUCCAAGGAGCUACUACAGAUGCACCUACAGGCAGGAACAAGGCUGCAAAGCAACAAAGACGGUGCAACAGAAAGAUGACAGCACAGGUACUGAUCAUCCCGUGAUGUACACAGUCGUCUACCACGGCCAACAUACUUGCAAGGACAACAAUGGCGUCGAAUCAAGCACCGAUGACUCUGAAACAAUUACUCAAAGCAGCAGCGACAGCCGAUCCAGCGUAUCAACCACUUGUACAGAUGCCUAUGAACAUCAGACAUCCCUAGAUAACGAUAAGCCUCUUGACAAAUCUGCAAACAGCAUAUCAAAAGCUUUCUGUUUGUUAAUUUAUCAAUUUUCUCAUGCCUUUCUUUUCCUAAUAUUUUGCCUUCCAAACAGCAGAGGGGAAAUUAUCCCAUACAGGGAUAUCUCCCAUGGAGGGGGAGGGGGAUUUGAUUGUCCAGGAAAAUACCUGUGGAGGAUUUUGCCUCCAGGGUUAAUGUGCCUAUGCUGCCAAAUCAGCCCUAAAACUAUAGGAUGCAUUCGAAUGGGUCGAAUGCAAUACAAUCUUAGUUGCCCCCUGUUUUUCUCUCCAAAGUACAAUUCAGUACUCGAUAUAAAAUUUGGUUUCUAGACACGCAUAUGGAAAAAAAAGGUCCAUCAUUACUUGCAUUGCUGAAAUCAGCUAAGAAAAUGGUUCAUUGCAUAAUUUUGGCCUCCCGAAUGUCUCCACAAUUUUGUUUCUGCAUAUCGUAUCAUGAUGUUUUUUUUUUGAUGUUGUUUUCCUGAUGAUAUGUGCUCUCUCCAUUUUCUUUUCGCUCGACAGAACCUCACUGGACAAACAUAAGGGCAGGGGCAGGGCCGACACCGCCCGUCCUCGUCAUCCUCUUCAGGAAGCAAGAUGUGUGUUGUGGUCACUGGUCAGGCGAUAGAGUCCUUCACUCUGCAGCAAGAAAGGUGGUUGGUCGGUGGGAUAUAUGGACAGCGAACUGUGCAUUGGCAAGAUAAAAAUUCAUAGCUGAUGAAGCUUCGAAAUUGUGGACCUCGAGUGAGAUGCGCGUAUGCACGAAGCAAAAGGACAGCAUGAUGACCAAAGUAGGGAGCUGCUUGCUUUUGAUGCCUGACGGCACACCCAAGAAAUGCAGCCUCUAUCAGCUUUCGAUAAACAACGUACGCUAUCAAUAUGAUAUAUGCGAAAGAUUGUCUCCUUCUUUUUUCUUUUUCGAAAUAAGAUUGUCUUCAUGUCCAGAGAGGAUUUAUAGCCCAGCCCAACAGUCAAAGCGUUGAUGAAAAGGCAUCUGGCCUUGGAACAAAAUGCAACCAUACACUGCCCAUCGCAAGUUUCAAAUUAGGUGAAACUGGCACAAUAUGUCGAGCUCUAGAACCUGCUGCAACAAAUCCGGCUCACUGAUGAUGGUGGUGAUACAAAUUCCUGGAAAUUUACAGCAACAGGAAACUAUACUCGACUAAAUUAGCGUACCAGGCGCAAUUUAUCGGCCCUCACAUAAAUUUUAUCCUAAGAUCCGCCACAUGAUGGCAAACUGCUCCUUCUCGAAGACGGUCUGGCAAAUGUGGAUCAGCCGUGUGAACGCAUCCACCAUGAUGGCAAACGCUUCCCAGUUCCGCAGGAAAGGAAAGCUCUCCUUCACAAAACGUAGGAAAUAAAACAUCCACGCUGAGCUCUAGUUUCGCGUAAACCCGAGGCAAUCAAAGGGAAAGAAACAAUCAUCUCUGGUUAAAGAACGACGAGGACGAGAGAGAAUCGAAGAAAAAAAGAAAACAGAUCCUUGCAAGUCGCGAGCCGCGAUGCUGCUGCAACUUGCCGCGGCCAUGGAAACCUCGUGCAGCUUGCCGCCGGCCGCCACCACCGGAACCGCCGCAUCUGCUCCUGUUAUUUUCUGUCUUGAGGAAGGUAACGACGUGCACAAGCAAUGGAGACGAGUGGACCAGAGAGGGCCAUAUACAUCUGUGGGCCACCGGUUUUGGGGCUGUGGGCCGUGGCUUACAAAUGAAGUAAAUGGUGCUUAUUGUUUUAAAAAAGAAAUAAAUAGUGUUUAAUUAGUUCAAAUGAUGAUUAUUAUUUCCAUA